AUGAAUCGCGCCACCGAGCCAAGAGACCGUUACAAUCUCCGCAAGGCCCUGGCCCUCAUGGAAAGGGAUAUCAAAUUACUCAGAGAGACAGACACCCACGUUCUUGAUCAGGGUAUCAUGAAACGGUACAAAGUCCGAGCAUUACCGCUAAGUCUCAAUGCUCAAGACGCUCGCGCACCCAAGUUUUUUACCCCUUUCGUUCCAGAAAACAUGCCGGAACCUACGGCGGAGUAUGUCGACCACGAGUACAACACAUCUUCUACGCUGUCACCAGGCGAAUGGGGAUGGUCUAUCUACCUUUACCUUGACGCGUAUAUCCACAAGCUACUGGUCAAAUAUCCUGAGGUUUGGCGGACGUGGUCGUGCAAGCAGGUGGGAGAUUAUGAUUUCGGAGACCUCUACCGAACUUUCGACCCUAAAUUCGGAUCGCUGGCGAUCUGGCAUGUUUUAGAGUCCUCAAGGCCGCAUAUCAAGUGCAUCAUGCACAACAACCUCGACUCUGAUGACAACUACCUCCUCCGUGGGGAGGUGUUAACUGUCAUCCGCAUUAUGCUGGGCCAACUGAAGCAGAAGAUCUUUGUAAAUGAUAUGAUUGCACCGGCUCUACUAUUUUCGUUGAAUCGACGGCGUCCACGCGUCAUUGAGGCAUACUUUGAUGGACAGGAGCUGGUAGUACGCCGCACUGAACCCUAUGAUUUUCAAUAUUUGAACACAGAAGGGUUCAAAACAUUUGCGCAAUGGUUCCUUGGAGAUCCCAUCGGCGAUACAUCAAAAUGGGCAGUCCGGACUUGA